UUCUUUAUCUCCAGCAACAAGUGAGUAUCAUGCGUUUUUCUGCUCUGUGUCUCGGCUCUCGGCUCUCUCAUUUGUCCUCUGCAAAUGAGCUCCCACCCCGUCCCACUCCUGCCUGUUUUUUGCUAUCAGGUCUUUUGGCUAAAAGUGGGAGCAAGCGCAGAUCCUGCAUGGGGACAUUUUCCUGCAGCCCCCUGAGUAAUUAUCAAUCUGCUGCUGCUUGGCGUGAGUCUCAGAUGAUAUUUUUGGCAAGAGGAGAAGCUGAGAAAUCGUGGGCAGUGAUGGUUUUUUGCGGGAGGGGUCCAGACAAAGCCGCUGGAGCAGAGUCUGAAUCCACUGGCACCUUUGCAUCACGAUAAAGCAUCUCCCAGAGUCUGCAGGCUCCCAGGUCUGCCCUUUUUCCCCCAAAUUAAGCCCUAGUGUGAUUUUUUGAGGAUGCUCAAAAUAUAAAAAAGUCAAUUUAAAUAGUGUCCAGGCAUCUAUACAUGUAAAAUAGUAUUAUUAAUUUCUGCUCUAAAACUUAUAAGACCCUGUCUUAUUUUCAGGGAGACAGGGUAGCACCUGGGCCAUGCAUAGACUUCGCAGGGAGCAAAAAAUAAAGCCCUUGAAGAGCUCAGGAGGACAAGGAGGGCCCCAGGGUGGCCGAGGAGAAGGAAACAAAGAGACAUUUCCCUGCCAAAGGCUGAGGCUUGCAGAGAAAAGGACCGUGCAACAGCCCAGCCCAGCCCAGCCCCGUGAGCUGGGACAGCAAACACGCCUGCAAAAUGAAACCCCAUCGCACUUUCCGAGCCAGCUCCGCCAGCAUUUCAGCAGAGAUGUGUUUGUGCACGGUGGAGUGGAAACGGAAAUCCCGCUGAGGCCACGCUUGCAUGGUCUGAGACCUUAUACAUAGAAUUUUGGAGGGGAAAACCCCGCAGGCUGCAGCACCCACAGCCGUGCUGCUAAGAAGCAGGUUGGCAUUAACAUCCAGGUGAAACACAACUGGCUUUGGUGCAUGAAGACCUUGUUAAUAUUAACGAGGUUACGCAACCUCUCUACCUCCUGGGGUAUGCAGUAGAUCGUUAGGGGGUUUUAAUUAGUGCUCCCUGCAAACCGUUCCUCUUUAGAAGUGGUUCAUUCGUGCAACAAAACCUCACCUGCAAGGACCCUGUGCCAUUUCCCAACAGACAGAACAUGCAGCUAUGAGGCAGGGCUAUUUUUACACCCAUGUAUAUAUAUGUAUGCAUGUACAUAUAUGUAAACCCCACUUUGCCUGAUGCAAUGAAUUGGGUUGUUUGACAUUGCAGUGCUGUUAACAGUCUAUAUAUCACAGCAACAACAAAAAUUAGCCUUGCUGGCUAUACAAGCCUGGAAGGGAAGGGACUUCCUGAGCUGCUGUUUUCAAGUAUGAACCAAAAAAAAUUGAAAAAUGAGCAACCUCUAAAGGGAAACUAUGGUGAACUACAAUAUCACACUGAUCCACAGCCGUUCCCAGAGGAUUUCACAUCUGCAGCAGUGUGUGGCCUCUUCCUAGCUUAGCUGCAGCCCUGAAUCAAGGCUUUCCAGUCUCCUGCUGUAUCGAGGUGGCGGAAUAGGAGACAAAAGGGUGAGAACAAAGAGAGAGUCGGGUGAAAUUGGUGUAGAGCUAAAAAAGUGCUUAAAAGAUCCACCCAGGUCAGUCCAGACUAGUUCAGAGCAGUCAUUGAUGCCUGGUAUUUACAUGCAGCAGGGAGAGACCCCAGUGGGAGACGAAGCUACAGGGAAAAGAAAGGUAUUUAUAUGCAUGACAAGUUAGACUAGAGAGAGGCAAAGAUGUGAAGGGGCUCAUACAGGGCAGGAGACUGAGAGCAAGAGAGGACUUUGCAAUGGGUCUGAGCGCUGCUAAGCUGGACCGAGAGCAGCCCAGCCUUGCAAGGACAUGGGCAGCAUCGUGCGGAUGGAGCAAUGAAGUGAAGGUGGCGGAGACCCUGGGGUAGGGCUGGAAAACCAGUCCCAGGGGCUGGAAGUUGCUCGCGGGCUUGCGGACGUGACCAGCUGCGGUAUCAGCAUCAACGGGCUCCACCCUGCGCAACCCCAGAUAACUUCUGGGAAACCCUGUGAUUGCUCCAGCAUCAAGAAAAGAUAAGAAUAGGAUUAUUUUAUCGCAGGACACAUGCAAAGUGUCUCUGGGUUGGAAAACCCUGUGCACAGGGCCGGCUCAGCCUGGCAGCCCCUUGCUGUGCCCUGUGUCACUGGCACCCCCUGUGCCUGGUGAGGCUGAGCCUUGGAGUGACACAAUGGGAGCCUCGGAGCCUCCUGCUUGCAAACUACUGAAAUUAGGGCCAAAAAAAGCUGAUUUGGGCACUCUUGCUGCUGCAAGCAGUGAUAAGCGCCGCCUGCUCCUCCUCUAAGUUGGGGAGCCUAGCAAAGCUCAGCUUUGUCGCACCAUGCACGUGGUUAUUUGGCGUCUCCCUGGGUUGCCUGACCCUGUUUGUUGUGUCUCCUGAGCACGAAAGUGGUUGCAGGCUUUGCAGGAGGUUGUCCAGGAGUCGUGUACACAGCACACCCAGCAACACCCACCAACACACCGACACCGUGUGCCGCUCGGCCUCUGCGGGGACCCAUCAGCACCCCAAAACAUGCCCUUUUCUGCAGACACUCACGAGCCUGUGGGGAUGCCGGGGGUGUCCCCAGGACUUGUUAUCCCAGUGGACAUCCACCCUUUCCACUUCCAGCCCCGCCGGCUCAGCGUGGACUGGCGUCGCUUCAGUGCCAUCGAUGUGGAGCGGGUGGCCCGGGAGGUGGAUUUGGCCACGCUGCAGGAGCAUAUCACCGCCCUCACCUUCUGCAACCUGGACGGGGAACGAUGUCCCCACUGUGGGCGGCCAGCGGACCCCAUCCUGCUGAAGGUGCUGAGGAUGGCCCAGCUGAGCAUCGAGUACCUGCUGCACUGCCAGGAGCGCCUGGGGACCAGCCUGGCCACCCAUGCCCAGCACCUGCAAGCCACCCGCACCGAGCUGGCCCGCGGGCAGGAGCAGGCAGUGGAACAGGCAGCACAGCUCCGUGGGGCAAAGGAGGACAGCAGGAGGUGGAAGAAGCUGAUGGUCACGCAGCAGCUUCUCCUGCGAGCUGGCCCCAGCGCCUGCUGCAAGUGCCACCUCUGCGAUAAAGCCUUCGUGGACGGUUCCUUCCUGCAAGCCCACCUGCAGCGCCGGCACCCCGAGGCCACCGAGCCUGAGAGGCAGAAGAUGAAGCAGCAGGUGGAGCAGAUGGAAGCCGAGGUGGAGGAGCUGAAGGCGAAGCUGCGGGAGAUGCAGCAGCAGCUGGAAUUGCAGAGGGAUGGGGAGAAGCUGCGCAGGGAGCAGGAAGCAGAGAGAGCUCGCCAGCAAGAAGAGGAGGGCAGGAGAGAUCUGGAAAGGUGGAAAGAGGAGGAGAGGAUGAAGCUGCAUGGAGAGGUGGAUGGUCUGAGGCGUCUCUUCCUCGCAGUGUUCAGGGACGUGGCCAGCAGGAGCAGUGCCAUGGAGGGGAAACUGCAUGAGCUUCAGGCCAGAGAGGUGGCCACGUCCAACCUGGGGACCCUGUGGGACGAUGACACUGAUGAGGCGCGGUGGCAGACAUGGAGCCGGGCAGAGCUGCGGGAGAGGAUGGCAGCACAGUUGAAGAAAGAGAAUGAGCCACUCCAUGUCAGCCCAUCCCAGGACCAGUGGGAAGUUCUGGAUCGUGUCCAUCAGCAGAUGGAUGCACUCAGCACCCAGCUCAGGGAGCAACCCAAGGUCACAAAGUCCCAGGAGAAGAAGAUCAGGCUGCUGUCUGCAAGCAAACCUUCAGUGACAUGGGAGGUGACCAAAGUGGUGACUGAUGAAGAGUCAUCAGCCAGGGACGAGGCUGCUGCCCUGGCUGGGAAGCGGAGGCUGCUGGGAGCCCUACGGAGAAACCCAAACCUCCUGAAGCCGUUUCGCCCCAUCCUGGAGGAAUUGCUGGAGGAAAAGCUGGAGAGCAUGGGGGUCAAGAGGGUUGCGAAGGGGAUCUCCACUCGGACCUACAGAAACCUCCAGGCUCUGCUCAGGCUUCAGCAGCAACAGAAGGCUGAGGAGUUUCCUGGUCUCCUGCAGCUGAGGGAUGAGUUGGGUCAAGCGGUGAUGGGGAAGGUCAGGCGAUGCAAGAAGCUCAGCAGCAAUUUGCCUCAGCACCUCUCCGUCAUCUCAGGCAGUGCUCAGGACCCUCAGCCACAACUUGCCCAAAUAUCAGCACCCUUGGAAACUGCCAGAGGAGUUUGUUUGGAAAAGGAAUUUCUUGGAGUCUUCCGGGCUCUGUGGUUUGACUCAAACAGCUUGGCAAGCCCAGAAGCGAUGCUGGGAGGGAAGAAACCCACCCCAUGCCCCAUGGAGCUCAGCCCUCAGCAAGAGCCAGCGCUCUCUGCCAUGGUGCUGGGCAAUGAGACCAACUCAGACAGAUCAGACCCGGACUUCCUGGAGGAAACAGCUGUUUCAGGGACAACCACAUCUGCGGUGACAAGGCUCUUGGAGAGACAUCUGGAUGCAGCGACACGGAGACCAUCCCACGGGGUGAAACUCUUCCCAGCCUUCAGCUCGACAUCACCAAAACCCAGCCAGCCCACCAGGAAACUCCAGUUCGCAGGUGACAGCAGUGACCUGGACACCUCCUCACCAAAGGAUGCGACCGAGUCACCAGCGCUGGCGGCUGAUGAUGCUCUGGGUACCACCUGGGUCCCCAGGCUCACCCCGGCUGCAAGGGACGCGUGGCGGUAACAGGGAAGUGACAAUCCUCCGCCAGCAGCCACUGGAUGGUGCCACAGGACCAGGAACGGGCAGCAGCCCUUCUGCAGCUGCUCCUGCGCUCUGGCCACCCCUCUUUUUGGGAAGACACUGAAUAUUGGGGCUCUCCCAGACAGAACGGGGGGUCAGGUCCUCCUGUCUCAUCGAGGAGGAGAAACUCUGUGUAGUCUGAAAAUAAGAGCUUUCUGUAUCUGUAACUCAGCGCCUGGUGGUGCCGUGACCAUUCAGAGCCCCAGCAGCUCUCCCUGGACUUUGCAUCCCACAGGCUGGGACUAACUCUCCACACUGGACACAGCCUGGGUCUUGUGUGUGGCUUUUUUAAUCCUUUUAAGCAGCCCAAAAAACAGAGUCAUGGAGGGGAAAAAGCAGCUUUCCUUCUCCUUGUGUCUCUCUUUCCCCAGCGCUCCUGAGAAUAAUGGAAAACGUCACGUUUUCCUGGACUGAACGCACUCAGAGUACCAAGCCACAGUGUCUGUCUCCUUCCUCCUGCCUUUCUUGGAUUGGCAGGCAUAGAAAAGCCAUGAAUGAUCACGUUGGGUUAACCCACGUGAUGGGCUCUGUCUCAAGGAGAAGAGAAGCAGCAACUCCAACAACAUCAGUGCGGACUGUCCAGAAAAGAAAUUUUACUCAAUAAUUUUUUUUCCUGGAUUUUUUAUGGAUUCCUGCCCCAGAUCAAGUACCUGCUUGCGUACCCCUUUUUAGAACACUGUCCUUUUCCUGAUGACACCAAAUUAGGCCACAUUUUGGGGUACAUGGCAGGACUCCUGAGCACUCAUGCUUUGCUGCUCGAUGCUGACCCAGAUUUCUGCAGCCAGGGGAAGGCAAAACAAUGCAAAACAAAACAAAAGCCACUGGAAAAGCAAGUGCAAGCAGGGACCCUCAUUCGCAGCCGAGUUUAAGCAGGCAGACAGGUGUCCCAGUGUUUCCUUUGCACAGAUACUUCUUUGUGGCUGCAUUAAGGAAGGAAAAUUUGGCUUCUCCCACGGGAGAAUGACAAUGGAACAAGAGCCACCUCCAAAAUUCAUUUCCUGAUGCUGCAUCCCACAAGCUAAAAUACCCCAUGGUUUUGUUAAAUGAUGGCAGAUCAUUUGUUAAAUCAUUUGUUAGAUGAUGGCAGAGCCCAGCAUCACGGGGUGAUUUGGAGGAGCGGGUUCUGUCUGUACCCGUACUUCUUCCUCUACGUGAGUCUCUCCAUGGUUUUUACCUCUCCUCCAGCACAAGAAGCCAAAUCCUCACCCCUCUGCCCCUGUGUGCCCCACCUGGGCAUGUCACCCCAUCCCUCCCGUACCCAAACUCUCCCCUUAAAUUCCUGCAGGUUUUUAUUUUCCUCCCUCUAAUUUUUCAGCCUUCAGCACAGCACGGAGGGGUUUCCAGGGUCGUCACCAAUUGCUGGCGCCUCAUUUCUCCCACCAGAAGUGACUCGUUUUGGCGUCGUUCUCUGCAGUCUCUGGGAACAUGAAGAACUCCUUGAUUUGCUGAAGGAGAAACUGUGCAAACCAGGGUUUGCCUCUGCAAAAGGGACCUUUGUGCUGCUGUGGAAAACUGAAAUGAUGAAGAGGAACCUGAUGUUGGUUUUACAGACAAUAUCCCAACCAGCUUGCAGGUACUGUAAUGGAGAAAUGCCAUUUAGGACAGAGACAGAACCCCUUUCGAUGGGGACAAAGCAGCACAGCUACUCUGAAAUUGUUGGUCUAGAGUUUAAUGCCAUUGCAGCCUCAUGUUCUUCAAAAUAGUAUAUUUUGCCUUUUGUUUUUCUUCAUGACAUUUGUCUUCAUGGGGUUGCAGUUAUUGGUAAUACUUUUAUAAAGCAUUAAUAUACUUGGGGCAAUUAGUAGCUGUUCAAACCACAGGAUCUCUGGAUGCAGUGAAACUCUCCCAAAUAAUAUCAAGCUGAAAUAAAAUGAAGGAAUAGAAAAAUCCUAUCAAAUUUAUUCAGCUGGAAUAUCUCACCCCGAAAGCUAUUCUCCCAUAAUAUUUGGGGCAAGCACAGUGUCAUAAAUCUUAGUGCUAUUAAUCCGUAGACUCAUUCAUCUCUGUUCAGCUAUAUAAAAGCAAUAACCUUGUCACUAUAGGAAGGAAGAUUGGGCUUUUAAUUGCAUAUAGAUUUCAGGAGAGUUCUUAUCUCAUAGUCCAAUUUGUAGCUUCAGACAUGGGUCUUUUCUUCCCUUGGUCAAAGUCCAUGCAAAUCAGCCGUGCUCUCAUAUACUUAUAAAUGUUGCAGAAGCUCAGAAAGAAGCUAUGGAGAGUUCUGCUGGCAGAUAGUACACGCAGCUUUUUCAGCGUUUGCUUUAUUAGACAAGCCUAUAUUUAAUUAGCUCCUCUGAAACAGGUUUUUGAGCGGACGAUCAAAUUUAUGGAAGCAAAACCAUUUCUGAGUGCGUGCGCGCACGCAGCGUCAAUCACAAUUUCCCUGCCUCGUCUCCCUUGGCUCUGCAGGUACUACCAAAUGCAUCCUUUGCCCCGCAGUUUAUUGUCAUUAAAGGCAAAAUAAUGGUCAAGGGGGCUUCCAACCCUCACCAGUAACAAGCGCAACGCUGGAUUUAUUCAUGCAACCUGCGGUAUCUGGGUUCCAGUUGUUUCCAGGGACUCCUGGAGGCACAAACCUCCUUGUUGCUGUGCAGUUGGGCAAACCAGCAAGUCCAGUUGAGCCCAGCAAAUAUUUAAGUAUUUAAAUAUUUAACUGCUCCCUCCAAACUACAGAGAGGUGGGGGCUUUGCUCUGCAUGGUACAGGACCAGACCAUCCUGAAUUUUGGCUGAGAAUGGGGUGCUGCUCCACGGAGCAGCUCCAUUUUGCACCUAGUGCUAGGUUCAGAGCCUGAAUUUGCCCCUUUUAGGGUAAAAUGCUGGGGAUCCAGCUGGGGACCCUUUUUUCUUUAGGUCCAAGAUAUUAGGGUAUUCUCAUUAUUUUAGCCAGCAGGGCUGCAGGGGGAAGCCUGGAAAUGGAAACUUUAUUCUCACCAAAGACCAAGAUCUUCCUCAAGCAAGUGGCUUUGACAGCAGACGCUGGUUGUCCCCACGCUGUCAUUCCCCAGGUGCAUGAUGCUCAUCACUCACGGUGGUGCCCACCAUGAGAUAAGGUCCAUUAUGGCCAGAAACAGAGGUGAGCAGCUGUCGUUACAGGUGUCGGUACAACACAAACAGCCUCAUAAAUAAACAAUUCUCUGCUUUGGAGGUUUUUUUUUCCUUUUUCAGUAAAGUUCACUGCAUUAAAAUUUUUCAUGCUGCACAUUUUCGGCCAAGGUAAGGAAAUGAAAAGUGAUGGUGGAAGAUUAGAAAUGUGCUGAGGGCAGGAAUUCCCGCGGACGGCUCUGUCUCGGCUUCUGGCCGCUCUCCGUAGAGCUCCUGCCCGCAAUCUCGUCAUCUACAUGCUCGUGCACAUCAAAUCGAACCCAAAACGCAGCUGAGGUUGUCAGAGCGCUUGUGUCACAUAAAAAUAGAAUAUAACUUCCAAAGGUGCUUCCUUGUGAUUCCAUUUGUGUGCCUUUUUUUUUGUUCUAAUGCAGUCGGAAACAUGCAUUUAAAAUUUUUCGGAGCAUUUUUCACAGAAUCCCAGAAUGUCAGGGACUGGAAGGGACCUGGAAAGCUCAUCCAGUGCAAUCCCCCCAUGGAGCAGGAACACCCAGAUGAGGUUACACAGGGAGGUGUCCAGGCAGGUUGGAAUGUCUGCAGAGAAGGAGACUCCACAACCCCCCUGGGCAGCCUGGGCCAGGCUCUGACACCCUCACCCCCAACAAGUUUCUUCUCAUCUUUCAGUGGAACCUCCUGUGUUCCAGUUUGCACCCAUUGCCCCUUGUCCUGUCACUGGUUGUCACCCAGAAGAGCCUGGCUCCAUCCUCCUGACACUCCCCCUUUCCAUAUUGAUCCCCAUGAAUGAGUCACCCCUCAGUCUCUCCUUCUCCAGCUCCAGAGCCCCAGCUCCCUCAGCCUUUCCUCACACGGGAGAUGCUCCACUCCCUUCAGCAUCUUGGUGGCUGUGCCGGACUCUCUCCAGCAAUUCCCUGUCCUUGUUUUUCAGUAUUUUUAAUUACCUAACCGCCACUUAGGCAGUUCCUAUCUAAAUUAAACAUUCCUAUGCUUUUCAGCCCCUUUCCAGUGGGGGCUGGCAGGAGCGGGAGCAUACCAGCAAUUUUUCUGUCCUCCUGAGAAUAAUGAAGUAUUUACAAGUAUUUAAUUGCUACUUCGAAAGUCAGACAGAUGCUGGCCUGGCCAAAGGGUCCCCAAACCCUCAUAGAGCCUCAGCAAGCCCAGGGUCCCAAGAACCUCUGAUUUCACUGCCUAUUCAUCUGUUUUUCUGAUAUUUUGUCUCAGCAUAUAACUAAGUAUAUCUUAAAGGAAAAAAAAAUAAAAAACAACCUCAUAUUUUAAC